AUGGCUCACUCCACCAUCAUUGACUCAGGUGUAUCAUCUGGACGGUCCAACAUAUUUCCGCUUGUUCUCAAUGGCAUUGAUUACGGGAGCACGCCGGUCACAGCGAGGACAUACACCGUCUUGGCGCUGGCGCGCCCCCAGGACACCGUCGAGCAGGUGUUGUGCGGCCUCGGCCGUCAGGGCGGUGCCGUCCAGCAUGUUGUGCACGCAGACCGGCAUCUCCCUCUUGGUGCCACCAUCGAUGAUCUCUGCCUCUCGCGCUACGCCAGCCUCCUUGUCACCCCGUACCCUGAGGCGUGGUGCCUCGUGUACAAGAUCGCCAUGGCUGCCACCAGGUUCCACCAUCAAAGCCUGCUCUGGCCAGAGCAGCCUCUCGGCGCACCCCGUGUCUCCCCCGAGCAACUCUCCUGGGACACCGUGCGGCUUGUCCACGAGUUCCUCGACAAGGCCGCCGCGUGCCUCCCGGGGCGGAUGGUCGGGGAGUUCCUCGACGUGUUCGUCCGCAGCGGCCUCGCCCGCUUGCUGGUCCGCCUCUACCUCUUGUCCACCUGGCCGGUUCAUCACUACCGAGCCAAGGCGGCCAUGGAGUGCUUCCUUGACUCGAGCGCCAUCGUGCGCAUGCCACUUCACGUCAAGGCGUGGACGGCGCCACUGUGUCUGAGCUUCUGCCAGGCGAUGGUCUCCGACUACCCCGGCAACAACGGAAGGGAGGACCCGUUGUACAAGGAUAUCCGGGGCAGGCUCGCGGUGGUGAUCGCCUUGCACGGGCAGCUUCUGCCUAAGGAAUGGGUGAUCAACCAUCUGACCCCGUUCGCCGUGGAGACAGCGAACGAGGUCAUCGCCAACUACAACGCCGGGUUCCUGCCCGAAACUGACGCGUUGCUUGAGUUCAAGAAGUUCUUCUCGGCGCUGUGCCGGGAGAUGGCUCACGUGUGGCAGCAAGCGGACAAUUUGUCACUUUUGCCGUCCCGACACCGACAACCUCAGCCGCUGCAACAAACCAUAGUGCUGACCCUGACGGCAAUUGAGCUGCUGAUGUUGGUGGACCAGCUGUUGUCAAGGCUACCACCAUUGCCGCCGAGCGAGCACAUGGUGAACACUCUUUGGGUGCUGCUGGCCACGGUGGACUCCUGGACGGACGUGCGCUCCGACCACAUUCUCCUCGCCGGACUGCGCGAGACGAUCCGCGCCCGUGCGGCGCGCCUGAACGCGCUCGUGCUGGGCACGGGCGCGGCCAGGUCGCGGCAGGAGGACGUGGUCCGGCUCUCGCCGAGGCUCAAGCGCGUCCUCUGGUUCGACGCGCGGCGCCACCUCGCGGCAGCGAUGCUGCCGAUGCCGCUCUCCGGGUCCGACUCCGAGCACUUGCCGCAGCCGUUCGAGUUGCUCGUCGACCGGACGCGGCUGCUGGAGAACUCCUUCGUGUGCGUCUCCAGGGCGUCCCGACACGAGCUGCUCAACUGCAAGCUCACAGUCCGGUUCCUCCACGAGGAGGCCUCUCACUCUCAGGCCGGGGUUACGCGGGAGUGGCUCGUCCUCGUCUGCCGCGCGCUGUUCGACCCCCAGCUCACCCUCUUCUGCCCGUGCCCGCAUAACCGCCGCAGGUUCUUCCUCAAUGAAGCAUCUGCAGCGAAUCAUCGGCUGAACCUGCAGUACCUGAAUUUCGCGGGGAGGAUAAUCGGCUUAGCCCUGAUGUACAACGUACAGGUGGGGGUUCUGUUCGACAGAACACUCUUCGUGCAGCUGGCCAUGGACGACAUCACGGAAGACCCAUUGCUGGCCCUGGACGACAUCGCAGACGCGGACCCACUACUGCACGCGAGCUGCAGGCAGAUCCUCGAGAUGGAACCCGUUGUCGUCGGCUCCGGCGUGCUGGGGCUCACGCCGACCCGACAAGUCUCCCCAGGAGGGAGGAAUGUUGCCGUGAACAGCCUGAACAGAAGGCAUUUCGUGGACCAGCUGAUCACGAACAUCUUCGUAAACAGCACCAAAGAGCAGCUGGUGAGUUUUGCUGAAGGGUUCAGCUCCAUGCUUGUCGAUCCGGGGAUGCGUGGGGCUUUCUUCCGGACCUUGUACCUUGAGGAUCUGGACAAGAUGCUGGGUGGGAGCGUGGGCGCCAUCGAUGUGGAAGAAUGGAAAGGGAAUGUCGAGUACAGAGGGUACAACGAAGAAGAUGAGCAGAUCAAAUGGUUCUGGGAGGCUGUGGAGAGCAUGACGGCUGAAGAGCAGAGGAGGCUGCUCUUCUUCUGGACCUCGGUGGAGUACCUGCCAUUGGACGGUUUCCGCGGGCUGGGCUUCGGUCUGAUCAUCUCCAGGGCGUUGGAUGAGACUUCUGACCAUCUCCCCUCGUCGAGCACCUGCCUGAACCUCCUCAACCUGCCCUCCUACACCUCCUUUGCCAUGACUCUGAGCAGGCUCAAGAUCAUCGCCCAAGAGCAUGUCUGAUGCGGCUUCGGCUCCGUCUAAGCUUCUGCUGCUGGUGGUGGUCUCGUCUCCAGGAGAAUUCAGUUUGCAUUUGUUUCUUCGAACAUGUGGUGGAGAAUGAUACCCCGGCCUCUGUGCCGUCAGUGUAAGAGAAUUCAGUACUGUUAGGAGGUGUGUUACCUCCCAGUGGAUUCACCGUCGCAUUUCGAUUUGAUUGUAUUCCGUACUGUAUUUGUAGAAGUUGGCUGCUCUGAACCAGUUUUUUAAUGAGUUUUUAAUAAGCUCAAACCCUGUUAUGGUCAAUUGCAUUUGUGACU